UUAUAAUCAUCAAUUUUUGGCUUAGCGUGACAAUGUUAUAUUUUGAACCAGAAAAGCCAGAAUCCGAACUAGAAGAAAAUAUUGACGAUGAAUUAGAAGGAUGUGGUGACAGUGAAUUAGAAGGAUGUGGUAACGGUGAAUUAGAAGGAUGUGGUAAUGGUGAAUUUGAAGGAAGUGAUAGCGAUGAAAUAGAAAGAAGUGGCAAUGAUGAACUAGAAGAAAGCGAAGACAACGAAUUAGAAGGGAGCGACGAUGAACUAGAAGGAAGUGAUGAUGAUGAACUAGAAGAAAGUGGUGACAAUAGUUUAGAAGAAAGUGGCGACGAUGAGCGUGACGAUGAUGAACCUAUUUCUGUAGGCAUUG